AUGACCCUUGAGACCCUCCGCGAAUCCGUUCAUGCCGAUACGAACAUUCCCGCCUCUUCGCUCCACAUUUACCACAAUGGCCGCCUACUCACAGACGACACCAAAACUAUAGAGCAGCUGGAAAUCCCCAAUGGUGGUAUGCUAGCUGUCCACGUCAGACACCUCAGAGGCAACACGGGUGCCAGUGAGCGCGCUGCUCAAACACAACCACCUGCCCAGCCCCCACGGCCCCAGGGCAGCGGUGACAAUGAUCCCGAGUUGAUUCGCCUGCAAAUCCUGGGCAAUCCCGCCGCAAGGGAGCAUCUGCAAAGGCACAAUCCAGAGCUUGCUGCCGCUGUAGAUGACCCCGUACGCUUCUCGCAAAUCCUUCAGAACAGCCAAGAUAGGGAGCGUCGAGAGCGAGAGGAGAGACAGCGAGAGAUUGAGAGAUUGAACCAGGACCCCUUUAAUAUCGAAAAUCAGAGAAAAAUCGAGGACAUGAUCCGCCAAGAACGAGUGAUGGAGAAUUUACAGAGUGCCAUGGAACACAACCCUGAAGUUUUUGGUCGUGUACACUUACUAUACAUUAAUGUCGAAGUGAAUGGCACCAAGGUGAAGGCUCUGGUGGACUCCGGUGCACAAGCUACUAUCAUGUCUCCGGCAUACGCCGAAGCAUGCGGCAUCAUGCGACUUAUUGACACGAGAUUCGCUGGUGUAGCCCGCGGCGUCGGCACCGCCAAGAUUCUUGGGCGAGUCCACUCGGCCCAGAUCAGAGUUGGCAACCUGUUUCUUCCGUGCAGCUUCACUGUCAUGGAGGGAAAGACAACGCAUUUGCUCCUUGGCCUGGACAUGUUGAAGAGAUAUCAAGCUACGAUUGACCUUGUUAAGGAUAGACUUAUUAUCCAAGGAGAGGAAGUACCGUUCUUAGGCGAGGCCGACAUUCCCAAGGAUGAGGAGCCAGUCGAGCAAGAAGCCACUAUUCCGGGCCCUGCCGGAACCACAAUUGGUCAGGAGACCGGUGCGGUUCUGCCGCCGCAGCAACCAUCAACCCAAGCUUCGUCAGCUUCGGCGCAGUCAACGCAGCCCCCGAGGAGUAACCCACCCGCCUCAGCGCCUUCCGCGGCGGCAUCUGCUUCAACGCCAAACGUUACUGCGGCACAUGUGGAAAGCUUAAUAGCCAUGGGGGCCACACGAGAGCAGGCGAUCCAAGCACUGCAGGCAGCAGAAGAUAACGUCGAUGUAGCAGCAGGUCUGAUUUUCUUUUAG